AUGUCCGCUGUAUCCGGUGGCCAUGUUCAAAAAAAGCCAAACCCUGUGCCGAAAGAUUUUGACGGCCUCGCUACAGUAGUGCCUGAGGACUGGAUACCUUCCGCCGAUAGACGCAUUACAUACAAAGGCAAGCACGGCGAUGUCCAAGCUCCACUAAUCAGCAUUGGUGCCUGGUCAUGGGGCGACACAUCGACCUUCCACUGGAAAGACGAAGAGUACGACGCAGUCAACGAAGGCUGGAAACACUGCCUCUCGCACGGCGUCAACUUCAUCGAUACAGCACAGGUUUACGGUAGCGGGAAAAGCGAAGAGAUCUGCGGGAAGCUUGUCUCCAAGCUAAAGAGAGAAGAUUUCGUCAUGCAAACCAAGUUCUUCGUCGUCCCCCAGACAUCCGACCUCUUGCACCCAAUUUCAUCACCGGUCAAGAAGCUGGAAUGGAGUCUAAAGAACAUGGGCCUCGACUACGUGGAUAUUUACCUCGUACACGGCCCCAUCCACCUGCAGACGUACUCCAUGAUCGCAAAAGGCAUGGCUGAGUGCGUAGAUCGAGGACUCACUCGGUGCGUCGGCGUCGCAAACUACUCCCUCGAAGAGAUGAUCAAGAUGCAACAAGAGCUCGCAAAAUACGACGUUCCGCUCGCCACCAACCAGUGUGAGUUCAACGUCCUCCGCCGCCAGCCCGAAAUAUCAGGACUCCUGCAAGGCUGCAAAGAGCGCGGUAUUGUCUUCCAAUCGUACAGCUCCCUUGCGCAAGGUCGCCUGACUGGCAAGUAUUCGGUCGAAAAUCCACCGCCUAAGGAGUAUCGCUUCUCGUCAUAUGAUAUGAAAGAUAUCGAGCCUGUUAUUGAUGUGCUUCGCCGGAUUGCGGAGAAGCAUAAUAAGAGCAUUAGUAGCGUCGCGCUGAACUAUAAUCUCUGCAAAGGUAUCACACCGGUGGUGGGUGUGAGGAAGCUGGAGCAGGCGCAGCAGAAUUGUCAAAGUCUAGGGUGGAGAUUGACGAAUGAAGAGAUUCGGCAGAUCGAUGGAGUAAGUUUCGAGGGACAUACUACGGCGUUUUGGCAGCAUGGUUAG